CGUUAGUUGCUUUCGAUUAUGCUUUAUUUAUUAGACAGAAAAACAAAAAAAGAAAAACAUCUGGAAAUAAUAUAUAUUUAUUUUUCUUUUAGUUGAUAAUAUUGAUUCAGAGAAUUAUUCACAUACAAGAUCAUUUUUACGUGAAUCAAGUGUUAUUUUACUUUUUCUACUUGGUCUUAUAUUUACAAUUAUUUUACUUGUCUUAGUCGGUUUCUAUUGUCGAGAUUCAUGGAAACGUGGUCGAAUAUUUAAAAAUCGUUCAACUGAUGCUGAUUAUUUAAUUAAUGGACUUUAUCUUUAA